AUGGCAAGAGUAUUUAAGGCAAAAUACUUUCCAAAGACAAGCCUCCUGAAAGCAACAGCCAAAACAAACUCGAGCUAUGCUUGGAAAAGCAUUAUUCAUGGUACACAACUUAUUUCUCAUGGCCUAAAAUACAUUGUUGGAAACAGAGCACAAAUCGAAGUAUGGAAUGAUAAUUGGCUCCCUCUAAAUCCACCAAAACCGCUAUCUGAACCAGGCGCAUACAUGUUUCCCCACUUGAAAGUUAGUGACUUACUUUACCAGGGUAAUUGGAAUGAGGAGCUUCUUCAUUGCAUCAUGAAUCAGGAAGAUGCGUCUCACAUCAGAAACAUUCGUCCUACUAUUACAAGAUCUCCUGAUGUCAUCAGUUGGAUGCAUACAAAAGAUGGUGUAUACACAGUUAAAUCUGGAUACCAUCUUCAGCAUAAGCUCUCUCACGAUGCUUCCCUCCUGGUAAAUUCUGUUCAAAAUCACAUAGCUUCCAACACGUUUUCAAAGAUAUGGAACCAACAGGUUCCACAAAAAAUAAAGCACUUCUGGUGGAAAUGUCUUCAUAAUGCUUUGCCUACUGCAGAAAAUCUUAAGAAGAGAAGAAUACUAAGAGAUGAUAACUGUCAAAGAUGUGUUGAAGCUAUAGAAAGUACUAACCACCUGCUUUUCCAGUGUAGAGUAAGUCAAGAAAUCUGGAGUCUUUCCCUUGGAUCUUUUCACUCAGGUACAUCCCCAUUCUCGAACUCAGUCCAUCAGAACGUAGAUUUCUUGCUUAGUUUUAAUAACCACCAAAGAAAGGAUGUAAGCAUUUCCCCUUUCAUUGGCUGGCAUAUAUGGAAAGCAAGAAAUGAUCUUCUUUUCAAGAAUAAAAAGCUAUCGAUUCCAGACAUUAUCAAUAAGGCUUUUAUGGAUUUACAACAGUGGAAAGAUAGUUUAUUAUCUAAUCAAGAAAAAACAGAGACGGGGAAAUCUCAAAAGGGAGAAAAACAGGUAUUCACAAAAUCUGUAAGCAAAGGAGAGCUUAAUUUGAAGGCCAAUGAGUACUAUUGUUUUGUCGAUGGAUCAUGGGUUUCUCCUACUGAAAUUGCAGGAAUUGGCUGGGUUCUUUAUACCGCAAAUCAUAAAGUUUUUCUUCAAGGUAGUGCAUCUAUUAACCCAACGAAUACACCCCUUGAAGUUGAAGCUGAAGCAUUAAGGUCAGCAGUUUCUCAUGUCGUAAGACUUGGGUACAACAAUGUGAAGUUUUGCGGGGAUGCAUCCACUUUAUUUCAAAAGCUUGGGUAUGUUAUGGAAAAAGAGCAGAAGUGCCAGAAUGAACACUCUUUUCUUGCCACUUAUCUGCAGGAUAUUAUGUAUCUUAGUCACACUUAUGCCAAUAUUUCUUUUGUUAAAAUAUCUUGUAAUGUAAACACAACUGCGGAUAAGUUAGCAAAGGAAGCUAGAAUAGCUAAGUCCGGUUAUGUAAUAUCGUGGUUGUAA